AUGGAAGGUAAUUCGGGGGCGGACGGUGCCACCACGCCCCAGCCCAUGAUUCCAAAAGUAUUCGACACAGUCGGCCGCCCUCCUGGCCGGGGAGAGCGCGAAGCGCCGGCCAAGAAGUUCGAGGCAGUGCAGUUGGACGCCGGGAUAUCUGUCAACGGCCGAGCACCGCCGGACGGGGUAUCGCGACAGGGGAAGGUGUUCGCCAAGACUAGCAUCGAAGCGCUGAAGCGAAUGCGGGCGAAACCUCUAUUCACAUACCUCCACGGGAUGAACAUGCAGUCCUGGCCCGUAUGGGACAGAACCUGGCUCCCACUGAACCGGGUACGCUUUCGACGGGUCACAGAACUGGCUCGGGAGUGUUAUGGCGCGUACGAAAAAAUCGAGGGAAUGAUGGGACAUUUGCGGACUUUCCGGCCCGCCGGAGACGUCGACGAGAACUUGGCAGACUUCUUCGGCAGUGGUAACCCGCUCGUCAUCCACCAUACGACGGGCUUUGGACUCGCGAUGCGGCGGGCGGAGGCGGCGGUGAAUCACCUCUACCUCAUCCAGCAGCUUUGCCGGGCAUUGGACAACAUCUGGCCGCAACCGGGGAACGCCGAGGAGAUGUCCAAAGGCCAACCCCUCGAUGACUUUGAGUUGGCCAUCAAGGCGGCUAUGGGCGAUAUCGAAAAAACCCAUCGAGCCCUGCUAGAUAUCCAGCAGUCGGUCCAGCAUCAAGCGUACAAACUGAAGGCCGAUUGGCAGCUGGUCUGCUGCGAAGAGGACGACACGAAACGGAGGACAUGCUGGGCCUCGAAAUCAGACCUCUGGUGA